AUGAGAUACAAUAGACUCUUGGGGCUCCAGCAGAGGUUAAAAGAAAGCAAGCUGCGGGCCGGAAGCGUGGUCGGCUGCUCGCCCGGAGCGACCGGAGCUCAGCCUGUCUUCGGAUCGCUGCGUUCUAUCACCCAGCGGGCAGGCCUGGGGCCCAGCCGACAGCUCCCAUCUCGUCUCCUUCCCGCGCUGGACAGCGGAAGCAGCCCGCAUCCCGGGGGCUUUCCCCGGCUGAGCCGCCUAGUGACCACUGUCAGAGUGGACAGGAAGCCGCGGGCACCAGGAGUGGAACUUUGCCGUCCUAGACGAAGCCGGACAUCCAUCACAAGAUGUCAAACCAGCAUCCUAAUUCAAGCCUUUGAGAAGAAUCAGUACCCUGGUAUUGCUGUCAGGGAAGAACUAGCUGAACAAACAGGGAUUCCAGAAUCAAGAAUUCAGAUAUGGUUUCAGAACCGAAGAGCACGGCACCAGAAAGGACACAGCAGAAGGAAACGUACUUUCCCAGUGGCCAGGCAGGACCAGUCCCCGGAGGGCGAGGCCAGGCCCCAGAUGUCCGGGCCAGGCCGGGCCAGGCCAGGCCAGGCCCACGAGGGCAUGACCAGCCCAGGCCGUACCAGGCCGGGCCAGGCCCAGGAGGGCAAGGCCAGGCUGGGCCACGCCAGCUCGGGCCAGUGGGCCAG